AUGUCGGCGCACCCGUCGCCUGGCUUCACAAUCCUGUUGAACAGCGAACCAACUGCCGGUUCAUCAGCAUCCACCUUUCUCUUAGGGCUUCUCCUCUGUUUCUUUGAUGGCUUGCUAACUGCAGUAUCAGCGUCUUCACUGAGCUGGCUGCCCACUAUGCUAGAGCCCACUGAUUCAGUUGGGUCGUCUGAUAAACUAAUCAGCGCAGAUGUCGACUUCAACGAACCUUGGCUCCAACUAAGUCCGCCACCAACUGAAGCUUCUUCGGUUGCAUCUGAAACGGUUCCAAGGCGCCUCUUUGGCGACUCUGUAGUUACGUCACAACCACGUAUGUUUAGCCCACCGUUAUCAGAAGUUCCGACAUCGCGCGGUGGUACGCUCUGUUCUGCCGCAAUAGGUGACGUAGGCGUGCUGCGAGCUGGAUUCGGCCGCACCGCAAAGAACUUCCUGCGAACAUGGUCACAGCUCGAGAUGCACACAUACGUGAUAUUCAUAGGUCCCGAUAUUGCCGUUGAACGAGUUCGUUUAAAACAUUUAGAUGAAUAG